CACUCUUUUGCUUACCCACAACUUUUACCAAUCGUUUCACCACUCCCAUUUUCGCUUUCUUCUCUAAGAAUCGUUUCCUCAAACCAUCUCUGCCAUUACUCCACUCCGUUUUCUCUUCAUCUAUUGAGCAGCUCGCGUUUCACAGCCCAAAAUGAUGCGAUCCUUAAUACCCUUAAUCGGGUUUUGGCUGCUGCUGCUGUGCUGCCUGGCCGAUGCUUCAGAUGCAACUUACCUAAAAUACAAAGACUCCCAACAGCCAUUGGGUGCAAGAAUCAAAGAUCUUAUGCGUCGGAUGACUCUCCAAGAAAAAAUCGGCCAAAUGGUUCAGAUCGAACGGAGCGUCGCAACCCCGGACGUCAUGAAGAACUACUUCAUCGGGAGUGUACUUAGCGGAGGAGGCAGUGUACCGGCGGCGAAAGCGACGGCGGAGACUUGGGUCAAUAUGGUGAAUGAGAUUCAAAAGGGGUCUUUAGCCACCCGUCUUGGGAUCCCUAUGAUUUAUGGUAUUGAUGCUAUUCAUGGCCACAAUAAUGUGUACAAUGCCACUAUUUUUCCUCACAAUGUUGGUCUUGGAGUAACAAGGGAUCCGGAACUUCUUAGGCGGAUUGGAGAUGCCACAGCACUUGAAGUGAGAGCAACCGGAAUUCCUUACGUUUUUGCUCCAUGUAUUGCGGUGUGCAGGGAUCCUCGAUGGGGUCGAUGCUACGAGAGCUAUAGUGAAGAUCAUAAGAUUGUUCAACAAUUGACUGAGAUUAUACCUGGAUUGCAAGGAGAAAUUCCUGCUAAUUCACGAAAAGGGAUUCCGUUCGUUGCGGGAAAACAAAAAGUUGCAGCCUGUGCUAAGCACUUCGUAGGCGAUGGUGGCACGGUCAGGGGCAUCGAUGAAAAUAACACUGUGAUUGACUAUAAUGGAUUGCUUAGCAUUCACAUGCCUGCAUAUCUUAACUCCAUAAGAAAGGGAGUUGCAACUGUAAUGGUAUCAUACUCGAGCUGGAACGGAAUGCGAAUGCACGCCGAUCGUGACCUUGUCACUGGGUACCUCAAGAACAAGCUCAAGUUCAAGGGUUUUGUCAUUUCUGAUUGGCAAGGGAUUGACAGAAUCACCUCUCCUCCACAUGCUAAUUAUUCAUACUCAGUUCAAGCUGGAGUUGGUGCUGGAAUUGACAUGGUUAUGGUUCCAGAAAACUUCACGGAGUUCAUCGACGAACUCACUCGCCAGGUUAAGAAUGAUAUCAUUCCAAUGAGCAGGAUCGAUGAUGCUGUUCACAGGAUAUUACGAGUUAAGUUUCUUAUGGGUCUGUUCGAGAAUCCGUUGGCCGAUAACAGCUUUGUCAACCAUCUUGGGAGCAAGGAACAUAGAGAACUGGCUAGGGAGGCUGUAAGGAAAUCGCUUGUGCUAUUGAAGAAUGGCCCCUCUGCCGAUCAACCAUUGCUACCUCUUCCUAAGAAAGCUGCAAAGAUAUUGGUUGCAGGGACACACGCCGACAACUUGGGCUACCAAUGCGGAGGCUGGACAAUCACAUGGCAGGGUCAGAGCGGCAAUGACCUCACUGUUGGUACCACCAUCCUCAAUGCUGUGAAGAAUACGGUCGAUCCUGCAACCGAGGUAGUGUACAACGAGAAUCCAGAUGCUAGCUACGUCAAGUCGAACAAGUUCUCAUAUGCCAUUGUUGUUGUGGGGGAGCCUCCUUAUGCUGAAAUGUUUGGCGAUAGCUCGAAUCUCUCCAUUUCUGAACCAGGUCCAAGCGCCAUAAAAAACGUGUGCAGUAAUGUUAAAUGUGUCGUCGUCGUCGUCUCCGGUCGCCCUGUUGUGAUGCAGCCUUAUGUUGAAACAGCCAAUGCCCUUGUGGCUGCUUGGCUUCCAGGAACAGAAGGCCAAGGUGUAGCCGACCUUCUGUUUGGCGACUAUGGAUUCACCGGGAAGCUUGCUCGUACAUGGUUCAAGAUGGUCGAUCAACUCCCAAUGAAUGUCGGCGAUUCGCAUUAUGAUCCACUUUUUCCGUUCGGAUUUGGUUUGACAACUAAACCAAACAAGUCCUAGAGAAUUUAGAAAAUUUGGAAAGAUAUUUAUCACAUAUGUAGCCUUCUUAGUCCGAAGCAUUUCUAAAUAUGAAUGAACUCGAUUUCCAAA